AGAAAACGAGAAAGCAAUCGACGAUGCUUGCAGAUCAAUCUCUGAACCCUUGAUUCCUUCUUCUUUGACCCUUCAAUCCUUUGUAACUCUUGAUUCUUUCUUCUCCAAACCCUUGAUUCCUUCUUCUUUGACCCCCUAAAUCCCCUGCAACUCUUGAUUCCUUAUUCUUCGAACCCUAAAUCCUCUACCCAUUAUGAUUCCUUUUUUUUCAAACCCUAAAUCAUCUACAUUUGUUAUUCAUUCUUCUUCCCUUGAACCCUAAAUCCUCUGCUAUUUGUCUUUUAGAUGUUAGGUUUGUGAGAAUCAGACCAUGGAAGCUAGUGCAUGGAGUCUGGGUGCAGAUUAGUUUGAGAGUGGAAGCAUGGCCUAUUUAUAUAUGUUUUUUUCCCAUUACUCAUCCAUCUAUUUUAUAUGAAAAGAUGUUUGGUUUUUUCCGCAAAACAUUUUCUCAGUAUUGGAAGGUGGAUCUAAAAGCUAGUUAAGUGUGGUACAAUAGGACAAAGAUGAUUCCUUCUCCUAAAUCACCACACCAACAACAAUCCCUAACCGUUUCUUACCUCACUGACUCAUGUGGGUUUUCCUUGGAUAAAGCUAUUUUUGCUUCAAAGUGGAUUAACCUUAAGAACACCGAAGGACCAAAUUCAGUUCUUAUGCUUCUAAAAAGUUAUGGUUUCACUAAAUCUGACAUUGCUACUUUGAUCUCUAAGCACCCACGUUGUUUGAUGGCUAACCCGGAGAAAACUCUUAGGCCCAAGAUUGAGUUUUUUGAGUCUUUGGGCAUUGUGGGAGAAAGCGUUCUCUAUUCAAAAGAACGUAUUCUCAAGAGUAGUUUAAGGAAGCAAAUAAUACCUUUUGUUGAUUUCGUUAAAGGGAAUUUUGGGACAGGUGAGAACAUUGUGUGUUCUUUGAAAAGUGUCAGUACAUGGAGUAUUUUUUGGUGUAAUCCUGAUAAGGCUAUGGUUCCUAAUAUAUCCACAUUGCGUGCACAAGCUAUGCCAGAAGGCCAUAUUCAGACAUUACUAGUGUGGCACCCUCGGGCAUUUGCAUGUAAACUUGAUUUCUUCGAAGAGAUGGUUCAUGAAGUUAAAGCAAUGGGCUUGGAACCAACAAAAAAGUCCUUCAUUUAUGCUCUUCAUCCAAAGACAGCUAUGAGCAAGGAAACUUGGGAAAAAAAGGAAGAGCUUUUGAUGAGCUAUGGUUGGUUGGAAGAGCAAUUUCAAUAUGCAUUUGUACUGUAGUUAGUUUUCAUGCUUACCUCAGAAAAGAAGAUCAAGAAAAUGAUGGAUAUCCUUUUAAACACUGCAGGUCUGAAGUCAUCGGAUGUAGCAAAGUGAUGGAUUUCCUUUUAAUUGGUGGAGACUUAACAUGCAAGUAAGCAAUUCCAUGACGAAAGGAUCGUUUGGGUUCUGAAAAAAUAUAGUUUAAGGACGAUU